CAGAGGGGAGUAGAUUCUUCCAAGCCGAGCGCUCGUUGGAGCAGGUGCCGACUUACAUCGCUGUUUCAAAUCUGCUGGUGUCUAUGGAGCAGUGAGGCAGUCUGUUUCCUGUUUUGCAACACCUUGAUUCUCUCAAGCUCAUUACAGUGCUACGGCCAAAAUCUCCUGCAUGAAGAUGGUUCACCACUCGGGCUCUAUUCAGUCAUUUAAACAGCAGAAAGGCAUGAACACUAGCAAGAGUGAGAAUGUAAAAGAACCCCCUUUGAAACCUUCCAGAAGAUCCUUACCAUGCCUAGCCCAGAGCCAAACCCAUCCCCACAGUCUCAGCAAACACUCCUCGUUUCUUCAACCAAAUCAAGUGCAACCUCAACCUCAGCCAGUAAGUGCAGGUGCAUCAACCACCACAGUUGACGUUGUCUCAGAACGAGCUAAAGUGAUGGAAACCUUGGAAAGUAAUUUGCUAAAGUUAUCUAAUACAGAGUACAGUGACCCAUUCUUAGAUCUAGGAAGAGAGAAAGACAUAUAUACAGAUGAUUCAGAACAUGGGAAUUAUGAUUCUCGUACUGAUCAAUCUCUACUUAUUAAAAGUACACCUACAAGACAGAAGCCUGAACCUCGGUCAAAGACAUCAUUGAAGAAUAACAUGAGUGCCCUAGCAACAUCAGGUCUUUUCUUCAAGGAUGGCAAAAAGCGUAUUGAUUAUAUUUUAGUCUACAAAAAGUCCAGUCCACAAAUAGAGAAAAGAAGCACUUUUGAAAAGAAUCUUCGGGCUGAAGGACUAAUGUUAGAAAGAGAGCCAGCUGUUACAAACAAUGAUAUUAUGUUUGUUAAAAUUCACUGUCCUUGGGACACAUUGUGCAAAUAUGCUGAAAGAAUGAAUAUCAGGAUGCCUUUCAGGAAAAAAUGUUAUUACACUGACUGGAGGAGCAAAACCAUGGGCAGUUUGCAAAGGAAUAUGAGGGAAUUGAAGAGCUGGUUGCCCAGAAAUCCUAUGAAACUUGACAAAGAAGCACUUCCUGAUUUGGAAGAAACAGAUUGCUACACAGCACCCUUCAGUCGUGCACGCAUACAUCAUUUUACAAUAAACAACAAAGACAGCUUCUUCAGCAACUCCACCAGAAGUAGGAUAGUACACCAUAUGCUGCAAAGAACCAAGUAUGAAGACGGAAAAUCAAAAAUGGGCAUUACCAGAUUACUCAACAAUGGAACAUAUGAAGCUGCAUUUCCACCUCAUGAGGGGAGUCACAAGAGCAGACAUCCCAUCAAGACUCAUGGAGCACAAAAUCAUCGGCAUCUGUUAUAUGAACGGUGGGCACGAUGGGGAAUGUGGUACAAAUAUCAGCCUCUGGAUUUGAUUAGGAGAUAUUUUGGAGAGAAAAUCGGUCUUUAUUUCGCCUGGUUGGGAUGGUAUACCGGGAUGCUUAUACCUGCUGCUCUUGUGGGGUUGUUUGUUUUCCUUUAUGGUUUAUUUACCAUGGAUUCUAGCCAAGUAAGCAAAGAGAUCUGUGAGGCAAAUGAAACUGUCAUGUGUCCAAUGUGUGAGAAAAAUUGCACACUGCAAAAGCUCAAUGAAAGCUGCAUCUAUGCAAAGGUUACACACUUAUUUGACAAUGGAGGGACUGUCUUCUUUGCCAUUUUUAUGGCUAUAUGGGCUACCGUAUUCUUAGAGUUUUGGAAAAGACGAAGAGCAGUACUAACCUAUGAUUGGGACCUCAUAGACUGGGAAGAUGAAGAGGAAGAGCUUCGCCCCCAGUUUGAAGCAAAAUAUUCCGAAGUGGAGCGUGUAAAUCCUAUAACAGGAAAACCUGAACCAUUUCAACCCUUCCCUGAUAAACUUAGUCGGCUGAUGGUGUCUGUGUCAGGAAUAUUCUUCAUGAUUUCAUUAGUACUCACAGCAGUCUUCGCAGUUGUUGUCUACCGCCUGGUGGCUAUGGAGCAGUUUGCCUCUUUCCAGUGGUAUUUCAUUAAAAAAUAUUGGCAAUUUGCAACAUCAGGCACUGGAGUCUGUAUUAACUUCAUGAUCAUCAUGUCACUUAAUGUUGUGUAUGAAAAAGUUGCCUAUCUCCUAACAGAUUUAGAACAUCCUAGAACAGACUCGGAGUGGGAAAACAGUUUUGCCCUGAAAAUGUUUCUCUUCCAGUUUGUCAACUUAAACAGUUCAAUUUUCUACAUUGCUUUCUUCCUUGGAAGAUUUGCUGGACGCCCUGGAAAAUACAACAAACUUUUUAACAGAUGGAGAUUGGAAGAGUGUCAUCCUAGUGGCUGCUUGAUAGACCUCUGCUUGCAGAUGGGAGUUAUCAUGGUUUUAAAACAAAUGUGGAACAACUUUAUGGAGCUUGGCUAUCCGUUACUACAAAACUGGUGGUCACGGCGCAAGAUCAAGAAAGGAGGCCAGUUACUGGAGCAUAAAUUUUCUCUACCUCAAUGGGAAAAAGAUUGGAAUCUACAGCCCAUGAAUCUCCAUGGUCUGAUGGAUGAGUAUUUAGAGAUGGUUCUACAGUUUGGCUUUACUACUAUUUUUGUUGCUGCUUUCCCACUUGCACCUCUACUGGCAUUGCUUAACAAUAUCAUAGAAAUCAGGCUUGAUGCAUAUAAAUUUGUUACACAAUGGAGGCGGCCGAUGCCUGCAAGAGCAACAGAUAUAGGUAUUUGGUAUGGGAUCCUUGAAGGAAUAGGAGUCUUGGCUGUAAUCACCAAUGCUUUUGUUAUUGCCAUUACAUCAGACUACAUCCCACGUUUUGUAUAUGCAUAUAAAUAUGGACCCUGUGUUGAUCAAGGAUACAGACAGGAAAAAUGUUUGAGGGGAUAUGUCAAUAGCAGCUUAUCAAUAUUUGAUCUGAGUGAACUUGGUAUGGGAUAUUCAGGAUACUGCAGGUAUAGAGAUUACAGAGCACCCCCAUGGAGUUCAAAUCCUUAUGAGUUCACAUUACAGUUCUGGCAUGUUCUUGCUGCUCGUCUAGCUUUCAUUAUUGUAUUUGAGCACCUUGUUUUUGGAAUAAAAUCUUUCAUUGCCUACCUAAUCCCAGAUAUGCCCAAAGACUUGUGUGACAGAAUGAGAAGAGAGAAAUAUUUAGUUCAGGAAAUGAUGUAUGAGGCUGAACUGGAGCAUUUGCAGAGAGAACGGAAAAAGAAUGGGAAACAGUAUCACCACGAAUGGCCUUAAUGGAUAUGAAACAAAAAGGGAUUGCAGAACUGAGCACUCCCAGUGAAAACUGAAGGUGGGAUCUGGAAAAGUGACAAAGGAAUCAAAUCUUCUGUAUAUGCUGCUCUUGGGAAAUAUCAUUAUCAGGCUUUGCUGUCAACUGGAAAAGCUGUGUUACCAACAGACAAGGCAGAUAUGUACCAUUAAUGGUUAGUGCUAAAAAUGACAUAUUGUGGAAUGAAUUAUGGCUCAGCCAAAAUCACAGGAAGAGCUUAAUUUUCUGGACACCAAUCUAAUAAGGAGCUGAGAAGGGCAUCCAGAGCAUUUUAAAAAAUGGUUAUGCGUACAACUUCUAUUACAAGGGUAUGACUUUUUUAUUUUGAAAAAAAAAUGAUGUAACACAGCUUUUACUGGCUCAAAAUAAUUCAUAUUGCCUCUGGAUAAAAAUCAAGCAAGAGUAUUUGUUGCCUUUGUGGCCAUAACUUAAUGCUAUAUCACAGUCCUCGAGGCUUCCUGUUUUUGUCAGGUUUGUCCUGGUCUCUUGCUGAGAUUGUGGAUGUGGCUCUGCCCUUUGAAAGGGAAACAAGCCUGUUUGAUAUUUACUAUGCAGUUUGAUGUUUGCACAUUGCCUUUUGUCUCUUUGUCUUUAUAACUCAGUUAGGGGGAGAAAAACAGUUUUUUCUCAAAUCAAAGCAAAACUAGUUUCAUAAAGAGAUCAAAUAAAGGGAUCCAUAGAUCCUGUUCAAUAUGAGGAAGCUGACUUCUGCAGGUAGAGCAACCCUUGAUUUCAUGCAAGAAUCUUGUAUAGGGAAAAAGUAUAGGAUACCCAGAGAAUAUCACCCCAAGGCAGAAGCAUGUUUCACAUAACCAGCUGUCCAUGCAGCUUAUGGGCUGUGCAGCAUUUGCACAAUAGGAACUGCACAAGUGGUAUAUUUUCCCACCCAGCUUAGAGCCCUUUAGAUGCUGGCUUUUACCAUUGCACUGCUCUUGAUGCAGCACUCUUUGAGGAGGAAAAGAGCAACCUGACAUUUUCCAUUGCUAUUGAUAUUCAAUAUGCAAAGAGAAUCCAUCUCUUUGCACCUCUAAACUGAGCAGUCCUGUCCUGCAUGCUGGUGGAGCAUGCAGAAGUAUAACUGUGUGGCUACUAUUUCUCUCUCUGAACUCCCUGGAUUUUGUGUUUCACAUACACAGAAAUGUGAAGCUGAAAUAUCUCAUUGCAUUGCAAAUAAGAAGCAAGUUUUAUUAUUUGCUUUGUGCAAGAUCCUGUUUGGGUAGAAUCUAAAAUAUGACUUGCUCGCUUGCUCAGGGUAUAAAGACAGAGGUUCAGGACUUUGUUUAAAACAGUGUCCUCCUCAUGCAAAUCAAAGCAUGGAAAUGGGUUGUGUGGUGUUCAGUUAUGCCUUGUUAUUUUUUUUCUUUGAAUUCCUUCAAAAGAAAACUACACAGUCUUGUGGCGACUUUUACUUUGCUACUCACAUGCCUUUGUGAAGAACAAUGGUUCUUUAACACUGAAAUCAACACUUUCUUCAGGCUGCAGGGAUAGCAUAAUCCUUUGGGGGCUGAACCCUUCUGUUACUGACAAUUUCUGGUGGAAUGUGCAGGACAAAAAGAAGGGACGUUAAGACCAUGGAGUAGACCAUUGAAUAGGAUUUCUUCACAGAAGAGAAAGAAAUGGGAGAGCUGUUAAGGAGUUGAUGAUUGUAGUGGCUGGGUUUUCUGUGAUUUUGGAAGCCAAUGGGGCAACUCCAGAUGAAAGUUUAAAGACCACACUUAGGCCACAGGCUGUAUGUUUUGUACCCCUGCCUUAAUGGCUUUUAAGUCAUGCUUUCUUCUAGUAAUUAGUUACUAAUUGUGAUUCUUUUUUAUUGCUAUUUUUUUCAAAAUGGGGAAGAGAAGAAGAAUCAAACUUUUAAAAGGACAAGUGUGCGGGAUUCACUUGUACACAGGAGACCAAAAUGUUUCUCCUUUUCUUUUUGUAAGAAUUUCAGGUGUUGAAAUCUUUCUUAUUUAUAUUAACCAAAGUCAACUUAAGACAUUUUUGACUUGCCGAGAUUCAUAUCAUUAUAUUGAAAAAGCACAGCAAUGAUAUCAAACAUAUAUAUUUGCAUGAGCAUUGAAAUGAAUUCUAUAGAUUACAAAUGUGGGUUGUGGAUAUGGUAUUAUAGCACUUGCAGGGAAUAUACAACUUCUGUUUUCAUGAAGAACUGUAAGUGAUAUAAUGAUGAUGAAUAUACCAUUAUUUUAAUUCUGUGGAAAUUUUCUUAUUGUAUUUCUGUCAUAUAAUUGUUUUAAAUAAUGACAGUCUACCUUUCAACAUCAUAUGGAUAGACACUCCUAUCCAAUGGUUGUUUCUAUAAAUUGAAGCUAUUUUGUAUUUCCCCAUGUCCCUCCCUCAUGAUUUCCCUGUACAUUUCACUCAGGGGAGAAAAAUGGUGUACAUACACACGUGCACUUCAGUGCUGAUGCCCUCUACUGAAAUGAAUGGAAGACCCUACUUACACAGAAAACCUCUGGGUGCAUGAGAGUGCACACUGAGUUUUGAUCAGGAACAUAUAUUGUAAAGUACACCCUUUCUGUGUGUGCUGUAAAGCAUAACCUUUGUUACCUUUGUUUUGCUAUUGUUUUGUCUACCUAAAUACUGUUUGCCUUGGCUGGAUCCAAGCUUUAGAACUGAUGUAGCAUGCUGCCAACAUGUAAGAAUUUCACUAUGGCUUUGUUUGUCAACAUUUAAAAUGUUAAAAGUGGUUGCAGGUAAAUUUGUAUAAGAUGGCCACAUAAACAUGCUUACUAGAAAGUAAAUUCCAUUGCAUUCAUAGGGGCUUUAUUUUGAAUAAACAAGCUUAAAAUUGCACUAUUAACAAAGUCAAUAAUGGAUUAGCGCCUAUUAGGAUUGCAAUCCUAUGAACUUUUGCCAGAAAGCAAAUCCCAUUUGAAAGAGACCAUAUGAUGUAGUGGUUUAAUUGUGGGAGUAAGACUCUAAGAGACCAGAGGCCAAAGCCCUCUUCUGCUACAGAAACCCACUGGAUAGCCUUGGUAAGUCACACUCUCUCAGCCUUAGAGGACAGCUAUGAGAAACUUCCUCUGAAUAUAUCUUGCAUGAAAGCCCUAUAGUAAGUCUGAGUUGUCUUGAAGGUUCAACACAAUGAAGUCCCAUUGAACUCAAUAGGAAAUACUUCUGAGUACUUUUUUGGAUUGUACCGUAACUGUAAAACUGCUUUCUUUUAAAAUUCAUACACAGUUGUAAUCCAGGCCAAAAUACUAAAGCCACAUGCUUCUAGUGAUUCACAGUGAAUACAUAGAAAGUCUAGUGGCUUCAGUUUUGCAGGCUUCUAUUAACAUACUUUCCAUACUUCCAAAGCACAUGACAUUUUUAAAUAAAUAAAAUGCUUGCUUGUGCCCUUUCUUUAAGAAAAAGGAAUAUGCAUUAUUCACAUCAAAAGUUUGCUGAUAUAUAGCUAUUUGCUUUAGCUGGGAGAAAUGUUGUGCUAUGUUUGGUUUACUGUGGUUACAUUGAAUGCAAAUUAUCUUACAAAGACAUAUGGCACACUCUGUUCUCAGGAAAUAUGUAUUACAUGAAUGCUGGUUAAAUAUCUUUUUUGUAUUUCUGAAUACUUGUAUGUCCAUACAAUUACCAAUAUUAGUGGUAUGUGCAUGCAAGCUGCAUUUGUAGACCCUCCAAAGUUGCAGAGCUUCAGAACUAGCAUCCAAGCAAAAGAAGAAGAAGCUUUAGAUCAUUUUUGAUCUAGCCUCCAAUAAUUUUGGUCUAUGCAUGUUCUUUCAAACAGACUGCAUGAGCAGCUCCAGUCUGGCUUUCAAAAUACUACAGUUAAUUACUAGUCCAAAACAUCUUAAGUAUUACCAACUCAACUCGGUGUCUUGAUGCAAUCAAAAGGGACACUUGUUCCAGAAAUAAACAUUUGUUUACUA